GAGCCUUACAUGGCAACAGGGGUGCUUUCAUGCAGUACUCUUCAUUCCAGGUUUCUCAAAAAAAUUUAUGAAGGGUGGUUGUUUUCGUUUUUUUCUUUCAUUUUGGUGCAACAAUCGCAACAAUGCAUGAAUGACAUGAUCAUGUUGGUGGCGCUGGCGGCGCUGGUGUAGGGAGAAAGAGAAGAAUGGGAGGAAGAAGAAAAGUAAACACGACGCAGACGGAGGUGUAGAGGCCGAUAACCUCUCAUUAAGUUUGUUUUAUUUAUUAUGCUAGUUUUGCAGUGAAAAGGUCUCUUCAAUCACUGAAAUUUUCACAAACAAAAUGCGCCAUACAGUUUGUCUGGUUUCAGAUUUUUUCUAUCCUAAUGUAGGAGGAGUUGAAGAACACAUUUUUAAUCUGUCACAAUGCCUAAUGCGCCGUGGCCACAAGGUGAUUGUGAUGACACACUCCUACAAUGAUAGAGUUGGUGUGCGAUAUAUGACCAAUGGGCUGAAGGUGUAUUACCUUCCAGUUCGGGUGUUUUAUAAUCAAUGUGUCCUCCCUACAAUGAUAUGCUCCUUACCAUUGAUUCGGAACAUAUUUAUUCGUGAGUGUAUUAGCAUUGUUCAUGGUCACUCUGCAUUUUCUGCUCUAGCUCAUGAAGCUAUGUUGAUUGGUCACUUAAUGCACUUGAAGUGUGUUUUCACUGAUCAUUCUCUCUUUGGGUUUGCGGAUACAUCAGCUGUCAUCACAAAUCGUUUUCUACAAAUUUCGCUUUUUAGCUGCAAUCACUGCAUCUGUGUCUCUCACACUGGGAAGGAAAACACAGUUUUAAGAGCAAGGGUUGAAAGUAAUCGUGUGUCUGUGAUUCCAAAUGCAGUUGAUACCAAGGCCUUCACUCCUGAUCCUACUCACAGAUCAGAUGAUUAUGUUACUAUUGUUACUGUAGGGAGACUAGUGUACCGCAAAGGUGUUGACCUUAUGGCUCAAAUAAUAAAGGAGUUAAGUCCAAAGCACCCUAAAGUGAAAUUUAUUGUCUGUGGAGAUGGACCUAAGCGUUGGCUCAUAGAUGAAGUAAGAGAACGUUGUGGCCUCCAAGACAGAGUGGAACUUCUAGGAGCACUAGAACACUCUCAAGUCAGAAAUGUUUUAAUCAGAGGUCAUAUCUUUCUUAACACAUCACUAACAGAAGCUUAUUGUAUGGCAAUCGUGGAGGCAGCAUCUUGUGGACUCCAGGUUGUGAGUACGAGAGUAGGAGGUAUUCCAGAAGUACUACCUCCUGAACUUAUUUACCUCACUGAGCCAGAUGUGCCUUCUUUAAUGGAUGGUUUGGAAAAGGCUAUGUUGGAUUUGAAGGAAGGGCGUGCUAUGCCACCAUAUGAAUGCCAUAGGAAAGUUUCAUCGUUGUAUAACUGGCAUGAUGUCACUCAACGUACAGAAGUUGUCUAUAAUAUUGUUGCAAGAGAUAAGUCAAAAGCACUUGGUUCUUUAUUGCAAUGUUAUAUCACUGCUGGGGUGUUACCCUUCAUGCUGGUUGUUGCCCUGUGCCAUCUUCUGUUGAGAGCCCUUGAAUGGCUAGUUCCAUCUAAGAAUAUUGAUGUUGCAAAGAAUUUCGACAAACAGAAACAACAUGCUUUGUAGUGAUUUUGUGAUUUGAUCCUCCAAUCAUUUUAACUUAUGAAGAUUUUACCGCUUCAUCCAAACAAAAUAGUUUUAUCCUUCAAGAACAAUCACAGUUACCAAAGGUAUGUUGGAAAAAAAACAAUGAACUGUUUUGUGAUACAUGCAUGCAACAUAACUUAAUUAGAAAAGGAUUGAUCAAACAAAAAGGACACACACAACCUUAUUGUGAUUUGCAUUUAAUCAUAGAAGGCAAAAAAAAUCACAUGAUUAUCAGCACACAAUCUAGAUCAAGGUAAUCAAUGCAGAGGACAUUCUGAACUAAAACUUUUCUUUUGAGACAACUUCUUUGCUUUAAGUCAAGCAAACAAAAUUUGUGCUAGUUGACAUAAGACGCGCAUCAAGGAGAAACAAAGAGUGUCUUAAUAAAUUAGUUUUACACAUUGGAAAGAGUUUAUUUAGAAUUAGAUAUGGUAACUUAACUUACUGAUAUGUUUUAAAUAAAUUGUGUAAGCAAAAGUUUUUUAUUCAACAAUAAAUUCAUUGUUCUCACAGAAGUA